AGCAUUAGCCCCAACGAGAUUUAACAAACACCAUGAGUGCUGAGGAUCCUCCAGAGCGUACGGUGCACCAGGUAGCAGCCAAGAUCAUCCAGAAGACCUGGAGGAGUUAUAUGAACAGAGAGGUGUUCAAGUAUUUCAAAGAGCUGAUUCGUCUCUGCAACCAAGGAGAUCCACAGAUGAUCCUCAAAACUGUCAACCCACGAGAGGCUGAGUUGCUGGACGCCACCGCAGGUGUGUUCAUCAGGUUUCGACUCGGAGGGAUCAGCUUCCCCCCGAACAUCUACUACAAGGUCUUCACCUACAGGCCCAUCACCGACAUGUGUGCCAGCAGCCCGCGGGACUACACCAAACCGGGCCGGAGGAAACCGGAGGACCAGACCGGAUGGUACCGACGGAUGGAGAACAACGGCUGGAGGCUCUUCAGUAACAAGAUGCUUCCUAAAGAUGAGUCCACGGUGAUCGGCGCUGACAAAAAACUGGACUUUCACUACUCGAAGCUGCAGCGACGACAGGACGUGGACAGGUGGAGGAAGAGGAGGAAGCUGGAGUGGCUCAGACACAUGUACAGACGGGGUCGUCUGCAGAGCCGACUAGCGAUGGACGCCACUGAGAAGAAUGAGGAGGUUCAGGAGGAGGAGCAGGAGGAGCAGGAGGAGCUGGAGGAGCUGGAGGAGCUGCUGACCUGGUCCAACACUCUGAACUUUGAGGAGUACCUGCUCCAUUGGGGUCGUAUGGCCUGUAGUUUGACGUCUGAACAGACUAAAGAUCCUCGUGUCUUUCCUGGUUCGGCCGCUGAACACUAACACCGUCUCCACAUCAGCAUCAUCCACGUGGCCUCUGACGAGCAGAACACAAUCAAACACUCUAAUAUGAAGCAUCAUCACCAGGAUGGAGCCGUAACGAUGUUUUUAUUACAGCGGUGAACGAGGCAUUAGAGCGAUUAUGAGUCAUUAGAUGAACCUCAUUGACCAGGAACAACAAAUGUGUUAGUGAACCGAGGAGAUUAAAACAGAGCAAUUAGACACUUAGCAGACGGUUCAGUUACAGAGCCACUGUGGAAACGACACGACGGGGCUGUGAUUUCAAUGUUCUGACUAUGACUGUGAUGUACAUUAACCUUUACAUACUGUUCUGUCACUAGGGUUUGGUUCAGUUUGAAGAAGA